UGAGCGUCAGGAGCACCGGCGAUAACUGCCAUUUACCUGAUGAGUUGUAUGGAUAUGUAUGUGUUGGGUGCGAAAUAUUUUGUUGAAACGAAGUGACUAUUAACUAUUUCACUACUGACAUUUCCCAAUUCCCGGGCCAAUUUUAUACGAUUUCGGUUUUCAAACUAGAGAUCCAGGAUGUAAAGCAAGGACAUCUUUGAUUUUUUCAGGAUUUUGCAGAGGACUUGCUUGAAAAUAAUUUCCAUUCUGUCUAGGAAUUUACUUUAAAAAAAAUGGAAGCACCUGUUAAGGGUUCGAAGAUUGUAGUCCCUUUCGUGCCAUCACUUUUGCACUUCUCAUUGGUAAAGGUAGCUUUUCCAUUGUUGAAAAGCUCUGGUAAUGUAACUUGGGGUAUCAUCUUGGAAGAAAUGAAGCACUCAAGUCCUGCAGAAUUUAAUGAAGCUAGGUCUGACAAUCCUAAGGUAAACAAAGCAAAGGAAAAGUUACUUCGCAUUCCUGCACAUUUAAGACUCGGAAUAUUAGAAACAAUUAUGGGUUUGCAUUCGGCUGUCGUAAAUUGGCGUAUGAGCUAUCCACUUUUACAGACUGGAGAAAAUUUUCGCGCACUCCUUUUCUUUAAAACUGAUGGGACAGUUGAUAGAAUUAAAACAGUUCAGAAACUGGUCCUGAAUGAAGAAAUAAAUAUCGAACAGAGGUUUGAUUUGGCGUGCUCCUAUUUCUUGGGCAAUACUAUACACACUUUGUGGGCAGAAAUGAAGAGAUCUGGUAAGGCAGCCAAAUCUUUGACAACUUAUAAUCCUGUUUCACGUUUUUGGGUUAGAAGGAUGCGUCGUAAAUAUCGGGUUCCAUGGAUAUAUGCCGUUCAAUUACAACUUGACCUUCCUGAUGAAUUUUUGAGAAGUCCGACACCAAGAUUCAGUGCUUUCUUUCCUUUCUUACGGCCAAAACACAGGGAGAAGUUUCUUGUCCCUUUAUUGAACGCCACAUCUGAUGAUUUCUUGUACUGUCUGUAUGGAGCAACUGAAGAAGAAGAAUUACAAAUAUUGAAAAUGGAUACUCGAAAACUCCUUCUUCUCUAUUUGGAUUGGCCACUGCAAAGUUUCUUUCUUGAAAUGGUAGAAAAAUUAUGGAAUUUUAUUGAUUUUUCUCUUUUUAAAGCAGUACUAGAGAUUAUCUUCACAUACAGUAUAAGGAGGAAGGAUUUUGAUUAUGACAAACUUUAUAUGGAGUUUUGGGAAAGAAGCCCAAAUAACUUGAAGGAAGAGGCAAAGGCAUCCCCAAUUUUCUACAAUAAAAUUCAAUUGUGUUUUGAUUCAAUUAGGAAGAAGAGAAAAAGUGAAUUUGAUGAAAUGACGGGUUCAAAAAGGAAAAGAUAUGAGGAAUUACCUAUCGAGGAAAUCAUUCAGGCUGGAGCAGACUCAUUUUGUGCCAUAGUGUUGCCUUUUUUCAAACAUUUAGCAAUGCAGUUGAGAUAAGAUAAUCUUUAUCUAAAAAAUGUUAUACAAACUUUUAUAGCGCAUAUGAAAAAAUAACUUCAUCUUUCAAAACAUCAAAAUUCUCUCUACACCUUUACAACUUCAAUGUGCAUUUGUUUCUUAAGUCUUCAAAGAUUUGAGUUUUUUUUAUUGACCUUUUUUUUUUUCCCCCUACUACAUUAAAAAUGUUUUGCCUCUUAUUUAAUAUUUCAUUUUUUUUUUUUUUUUUUUCAUUCUAUUCUGCUAAAUAGGGUGAUAAUAGUUUGAACGUAUUAUUUGGUUAAAAUUUUUUAUCUUAAUUAAAAAUGAUUGCAUUAUGUUUUAAAUGUUAUGAUUAUAGGUUGUAACAAUAUUACUUUGUAAACAUGACUGCAUAUGAUAGUAACAUCACUGAUUUCUGUUACCAUUGGAAUUUAAGUUAAGCAUCUCUCUAUUUAUUUCAUUGCAACAAUUCCUUCAUUUUGUGUAAAAUAUAAAAGCAGAUUAAGAAAAAUAAAUAUCUAAAAGUUAUAUUUUAAAUAUCUUUUGGUUUGUCUAAGACAAUGUUUGUGGUACUUGGUUUUCAACAAAAGAAAGAUAUUAAUUAUACAUUUGAGUAUAUUAUAAUAUAUUUUAAUUCUGGAAAUUUAUAAAAUUACACUUUCACUUCAAUUUAGUAAUGGUGCAUUUUACUAUUUGAUCCACUAUUUUACGGCCAAAAUUUUAUUUAUGUAUUUAUAUCACAAAAUUUUUUGCAUGAUUUUCUAUAUAAAUUAUACUACAUGAUUCUCAUCUUUGGGAAGAAAUGCUCUGCUUUUUAUUAGAGAUAAAAUAUUUCCUUUAUGCAUUUUAAUAAAAAUUGUAUGGAUAAAGCUGGAUUCAAUUUAAUUCAAUAAAACAUAAUUCUAUAUGUAGGAGUUUUAUUCUAAAAUAAUAUUUCAUUAUUUUUUUAUUAUUGGCUUUUUUGAUAUAAUUAUGUUGAUGUUUUUAAAUAGUUUUUUUAUAUUGUAAUUUUUAAAAUUUUGAAGAAAUGUAUAAGUUUUUAAAAAUUUCAAAUGGGAUAUACAAUUAUAAGUUCAGUUGAUUACUGGUUUUAUGUAAAUGUUCAUUGUAAUAUUUUUUAAGAAAAUGAAAUUUUAAAAUAUUAGAAAUAUAUUUAUCUAUAUUUAUCUAUAUAGUACCAAGCGAUUCUUUUUACUGAGGCAGAGUACAGAGGUUUCACUCUCAUAAGUACUUGAAGCAACUCAUUUAACUGGACUGUGGUGACCUGAGAUAAGGUCUCAGUUUUCUGAUCAGAAAGUUUCAGGUUUAAAAUCCUGAUCCCCAAGAAUUACCUAGUCACACCUGAAAACAGGUAUGAUGUAUGUAAAUCCAUUGGGCGCAGGUGUUUCGCUAAUGUGGCAUGAAAAUUUGGAGAAUGAAUUCUGGCUCGGAUAACAAGCUCGUCACAUAGCCCUGCUGUUGUGUUUCAUUUCUAACCAAAUACUACUUAAUUUUGUAAAUAAAUUAAAAAUAAUAUGACUGUUAUUCUGUGUUUUCAUGAAUGUGGUCAGUUUGUUAUUCUGUGAAGUAUACUCAUCUUUUGUUGUGAUUACUGUAUAUGCCUAUUUGUCAAAAAAAUAA